AUGGACAAUUCGUCGUUUUACGCGAAUGAUCAGCUUUCAUACUCUCCAGAUCCCUCUCAGUCCAACCAAGCCAGCUCCUCCAAACUCAAGCUCAUUCUUCCACCACUUAAGGGUGGCAAACUAGGGAAAGGAGGCAAAAAGGCUAGGAAGGGGUCGUUGGUUCAAGAUGUUACCCCGAAAGCACCCAGGGCGGUCAAGCUGAAGCCUCUCAAAGAGGUUCUGACGCGCAUAAUAACCCAGAUAAAGAAGAAAGACGAUUAUGCGUUCUUUCUGCAACCAGUUGACGUUGCAGCAGUACCAGGAUAUGCGGAUCUCAUCAAACACCCGAUGGACCUAGGCACAAUCUCACAUAAAGUUAGUCGCGGGAAGUACCGCACCCUUGAAGAGUUCAAGGCAGACUUCCAGCUUGUGACAACGAACGCUAAAACCUUCAACCCACCUGGGACAAUAUACCACUCUGAAGCCGAACGCAUCGAGAACUACGGCCUAGAUCAGAUCAACAGGGCCAGCACGACCGUCAUCGAAUAUGAGACCGACUGGAAUCUAGACAUCGAGGGGGAUGGGGAGCCUCAGGACAUGAUGGACGACGAGGACGACACUGCUACAGGGCGCGCAAGCGACGAUGGACUCACGCGCGAGACCCGUUCCCCAUCCGUUGUCUCGACCCCUAUGAUGGGCGGGACGACGAGCCGACCUCAGAGGAUCCAGAUGGCGCACUCUACACAGUCCCAAAAUCAGCCGCUCAAGGAACAACCUACGAUUGGAUCGAGUAUAGCUGCCGGGCUUGAUGAAGAUGGACAUCUACCGGGUUACAGGGACGGUUUAGAUGCCUUUCCUCCGGGCUCGGAUUUUGCUCAGCUCAUGUCUGCCCUGAGACGCCAUGGCAAGAGAUACAAGACCAAGAAAGAACGCCUCCGCAUUGAGAAGGAUGGCCUUCCUCAUCUGCCUGACGGCAGUCUCGACUACUGGAACAUCGAGGACCCCUUCACCUUGUUCACGGACCUCGUUCCAGAACCGUUUUCGGUGCCGGAUCUCGUCCCCCUCUUUCCAACGUCCAUAGAUUCCCCACCCGAGCAGACGUUACCCAUUCCGACGCUUCUCCCUCCAUCACACGCCGUUCCUCCCAUAGAAGUCUUUCAGAAGCCCGGAAAGCGCAAACACUGGACGAUACAUCGCGGUGGAUCGCGAAGGCACAAAGAUACUACUGAACCGGAGGAGACGAGUCAAGCUAUACUUCGAUUUAGACCGCCAGAGCAUACGGACUUUGGGGUGAUGGCGGAACUGCCCAUGCAGCUGGCGGAGGAGACGGGCGUAGAUCCGAAGGCUUUGAAGAGCCAGGAGUCAUUGCUGCAGACUUUACGGGACAGCCUUGCGCGGAGCCAAGGGACGCCAGAAACGUCUAGCAACCAUGGCUCUUGGAGUCCGACAACAUCCCAUCAAGCCGAGGGGUACAUCCGUGAUGUUGUGUAUGGCGGUCCUGAUGGAUACGCGUAUAUGAGAAGCCUAGCAGAAUUUGUUGGAGAUGCGCCAGUGGAUGGAAGACCAUACGCUCUCGGCAUGCCGUUGUCGCAAUGGGUAGAAAAGAGCAUUGUUGAUCCGUUGACGAAUGGCCACCAUGGAAUCCUGCGCGAGGUUUCCGAUCUCCUUUUGCGCGAUAUAAAUCCACAUGGUUCCUCCAGCGUGGAGAUCCAGCUGGCGCGGUCCCUAAUCCUCUACCCCCGACUGUUUGAACAAUUGCUCGCUCUGCGAACUCUGGCCGCCGAGCGUAUCGACAUGGCUGCGCUUAUCCGCUCACCCGACGAGCUCAUCGUGUCAGCCAAAGAGUGGGUUGGGAAAGCAUAUAUUCAAGCCCAGAUGAACGAUGCCGGAUCGCAGGCGAAACCAAGUAAUGAUGAAACAUCUCACAACGAGGCGCCCAUAUCUGACGGUAAAUUUGUAGUCAUCGAUGGACCUAAAGUACUGGAGUACACGCUCCAAUGGGUUGCGCAGAAGAUGACGGAGCGCCUGCGACGCAAGGUUGGUAUCUCCAACGUUAAGAAGGAAGACACCGAUGGAGAUGUGCAGAUGGGGGACGCACCCACGAUCGGGAAGAGCGACGUACCCGCCGACACUGCGUCCGAAGACCCCGAAAUACGGAAAUUGCGCAUCAACCUGCUCGCACUCGCGCAAUAUGCGCCACUCGACCAGAUCGCGCAAAUACCCGAAUCGCUGGUCCCUGCUCAGCUGCGCAACUUCGUCCCUACGGUUGCUGAGCCCAGCGCCCCGCCUGACGGUCCCACAUAA